AUGAACGCGCCCGACCGUUUCGAGCUAUUUCUGCUCGCUGAAGGCGAAAAGAAGAUUGAGGAAAAGGUCUACUCUGGCAUGUCCAACACGUCAGACUUUCUACUCAAGAAGGAGGACCACACCCUCGGCAACCUGCUCUCCGAGCACCUCAAGCUGCAUCCCAACGUGCUCAUGGCCGGCUACAAGCUCGGUCACCCCAACGUCCCUGAGCUCUUCAUCCGCGUACAAACAGACGGCACGGUGACCUCGCGCGACGUCUUCACCUCGGUGUGUGAGAAGCUCAUCAACCAGCUGGAAAUGCUGCAUCAGAAAUUUACUCGAGAAUGGGAGCUGCGGCGUAUUGCCAACACGGGCGCUCAGAGCGACAUGCAGGCCAAUGGUCUGUGA